AUGUCGACCACAUUGAUACCGGUUGACCAACUCAAACAACUCCGGGACAUAUUUAACCGGUUUGACAUGGACGCUGAUGGAUCCCUAACCCACCUAGAGCUAGCCGCCCUCCUCCGUUCUCUAGGCCUGAAACCCUCCGGCGAUCAGAUUGAUAUGCUCUUCAACAACAUGGACUCCAAUGGCAACGGUGCUGUUGAAUUCGAGGAAAUGGUGCGCGCCAUGUUACCAGACAUGACGACGGAGCAGUACAUCUUCAAUCAAACACAACUUGUCAAGGUCUUCCAUUCGUUUGAUAGAGACAGGAAUGGGGUUAUCACGAGGGCUGAGCUCGCCAAGGCCAUGGCGAAAAUGGGUCAGCCAUUGACGUAUAAAGAGCUCACCGAGAUGAUCGAAGAGGCUGAUACAGAUGGCGAUGGUGUCAUUAGUUUUAGUGAAUUCGCAAGAGUGAUGGCUAAAUCUGCAGCCGAAUCGUUUGGAUUCCCCGUUCCAUUGCCUUGA